AUGGAUAUCGAUCUCUAUUACGAAGACUUCGCCAACAUGGAAAACUCACUCGACAUCAAUGCCGACGGCCUAUUCCCCAACACGGAACCUAACAUCAUCCGGAUUAACACCGGUGGCGAAAUGGCCGCAGACGACCAAGAGAGUCGCCGCCAAACCGCAGUGCGGCUACGAGACCUGUUGAGCGACCUGGGCGACCUGCAACCGGACCAGGGCGAUCAAGCGCCUGCCUCCUUCUCCUUCUCCUCCUCCUCCUCCUCUUCUACCGACAACGACGAGGAAGACGGCGACAACGAUAACGAGGACGACGAAGCCAACGCAAAUGAAUAG